AUUCGAAAAUCAUAAAUUCAUGUUCCAUGUUUUUCAUGUACCAACUUAUUAUGCAAUUUUAUAAAAGUAUUUCGCAGCCAAGAUUCUUUUAUAUAUUUACUUGAACGGUAUUCAAGGCGAACGGACAUGAACCUUGAAAUUCACCGACAAUAGCCUUGUGUUCCAACCGAGUUUAUACACAUUCAUUAGAUUCCAACACACAUUUACGAACAUAUGUCAUAAACGAAAUGAUUUUAUUUUUGGAAUUUUGAAUAUACUAAUAUUUAUUUAAGUGUACAUUGUUUUUGUUUAAAUCAUUUGUUUUUGGUUAAGUAAACUAAUCGAUGUAUGGCCUCACAUUUUCUAAAAAUUGUGAUAUUCAUGUGGACACACUGUAGUGUGAAUUCGUUUCAAACAAUUGUAUUGUAUACAAAUUAUAGUUGUUAUUUCGAAAAAUAUUUGUGUUACAUACAUAUUAUAAUUAUGUUUGAUUAUUUGCAUUUCUCGCUGAUUGAAUGGGAAAUUUCAAAACUAAUUUUAUGCUUAGAUUUUUAGCAACGCUUUACUGGGCUCUACAGUGGUGGAAGAUAUAAUUUUAUUUAGUAGCCUCUCUCUCUGUACACCACUUACAGAUUAUGCGCUUCAUAAAACCGGAACCGUAUUAUGAGGGUCUUCCACCGUUUAAUGUGUCGGGUAGUCCCUUCAGUGUUGUACCCAUACACCAUCAUCCCGAGCUAAUGAAAAAGACAUGCGAGCUGAUUAACUCCGAAUGGCCGCGUAGUGAGACGGCUCGCAUGCGUUCACUCGAAGCUUCCUGUGAUACACUUCCCUGCAGCUUAGUUUUAACUACGGACGGGAUGAAUCGUGUUAUAGCACAUUGUAAGUUAAGUCAGAUACCGUCCAAAAAGAUGGCCUGUUUUAUCGAGUCGGUAGUGGUGGAUAAAAGUUUUCGCGGACAAGGUUUCGGUAAAUUAAUUAUGAAAUUCGCUGAAGAUUAUUGUCGUAUCGUAUUAGACUUGAAAGCCAUUUACUUAUCUACCAUCGAUCAAGAUGGUUUCUAUGAGCGACUUGGUUAUGAGUUUUGUACGCCGAUUUCAAUGUAUGGACCACGUCGCUGUGAGCUGCCCAGUUUGGAGAAUGCCAAAAAGAAAUACAUGAAGAAAGUCUUAUAGAUAUCAAUGCCAGUAUUUUUAAGAGAAACAAAAGGAAAAGUGAAACUCGCUGAUUGGGAUAUUGGUGAAAUUACGAAGAGAAUGGAGAUAACUUCAAGAGGUGGCAAAGUUUACACGCUUUAUAGCUUGUAGAAAAAGAAAAAAAA